UACAAUAAACUCGGUCGCUGGUUAUAACGUCACAGUACCCACAGUCCUUUGCUGCUGUCCCUGAGACCGAAAAUGGCGUCGAAGGCACCAGCGACUGGCAGGCUGUUGUUGGGGUUCAAGAAGUGGUACUACAAUGCAGCCGGUUUCAACAAGCUCGGCCUGAUGCGAGAUGACACUAUCUACGAGAACCUAGACGUGAAGGAGGCCAUUCGCCGGCUUCCAGAGCCGGUCUACAAUGAUCGAAUGUUCCGCAUAAAGAGGGCCCUUGAUCUCUCCUUGAAGCAUCAGAUUCUUCCCAAGGACCAGUGGACAAAAUUUGAGGAGGAUGUGUCAUACCUUGAGCCCUACUUGAAGGAGGUUAUUCGUGAAAGAACAGAAAGGGAAGAGUGGCAGAAGAAAUAGAAUUAAGGGGAAGGUUUGCGGUGGUGGCUGCUCUCUUGUAUUUAAGAUAAAGUUUAUCAAGUCUGACAUCUGUGUACUUAUUAAAUUUGGUUUCUGUCAA